CCAGUUUCCUUUCUUUCCUUCUCCUCCUGAAACUUGUUGGGAGGUCAAUGUUAUGAGAGAUGGACAGACAUUGAUAUCAUGUUGUAGCUAUUAGCUUUCUCUUUCAGCAAACAACUCAUCAGCCAUCUUCUUCUCCGUCAACCUCUCUCGUAAUAAACUCUGUCGCCCCAUUUCCCUCGGUUUCGUCGCCUUUUCAUAUUUAUAAAACCAGGUAAUUUUCAAAGUGCACCCACCACCCUUUCUGUGUUUUCAAAUUUGAUUGCUUCUGCAUUUCCAUCUGCGGAUUUUAGCUUCUGGGUUUGUCUCUGAUACUCUUAGUCUCUGCAAAGAAUGGCUGCUGCUGCUGCUGCAUUUCACCAAAGCAUUGGGACUCCUCACUCUGUUGGGCAUGUUAAUAAUUCCGGCCUGCUUCAAGAGCUUGCGAAAAGCUCAGUGAGUUUCAUUUCAAAGGGUUUUGAGAUUGAUAUUGGACUGUCAAAAAGAGGAUGCUACAUCUCUUCCAAGAGAAACGUUAGUGUAAUUCGAGCCUCAGCUUCCCAGGCUUCAGUGAUUGAUAUAGUUUCAUCUCCCUCACAUACCAAAGCCAAUGAUUCUCGGAAAAAGUCUAAUGAAGCAGCUUUGAUUUUGAUUAGGCAUGGUGAGUCACUGUGGAACGAAAAGAACUUGUUCACAGGCUGUGUUGAUGUCCCUCUGAGCAAGAAGGGUGUAGAAGAGGCAAUUGAAGCUGGCAAGAGAAUCAGCAACAUACCUGUCGACAUGAUCUAUACAUCUGCACUGAUUCGUGCACAGAUGACUGCCAUGCUUGCCAUGACACAGCACCGUCGGAAGAAGGUCCCAGUUAUAAUGCAUAACGAGAGUGAACGGGCUAGGGCAUGGAGUCAGAUUUUCAGUGAAGACACAUUAAAGCAAACCAUUCCUGUUGUAGCAGAUUGGCGAUUGAAUGAAAGAAUGUAUGGGGAAUUACAGGGUCUUAAUAAGCAGGAAACAGCAGACAGAUAUGGGAAGGAACAAGUUCAUGAGUGGCGUCGGAGUUAUGACAUUCCUCCUCCCAAUGGCGAGAGUUUGGAAAUGUGCGCUCAAAGAGCUGUUGCUUAUUUCAAAGAUCAAAUUGAACCCCAACUGUUAGCUGGGAAGAAUGUUAUGAUUGCUGCCCACGGGAAUUCGCUGAGAUCCAUAAUCAUGUAUCUUGACAAACUGACUUCUCAAGAGGUUAUUAGUUUGGAACUAUCAACUGGAAUUCCUAUGCUUUACAUUUCCAAAGAGGGAAAGUUCAUUCGGAGGGGAAGUCCUGCGGGACCUGCUGAGGCUGGGGUUUAUGCCUACACUAAGAAUUUGGCUCUUUACAGGCAGAAGUUAGAUGAGAUGGUUCAUUAGUGUGCUACUUCCUAGCAUAGGUAACCUACAUUAUGGGUUUUCUUAUGCUUCCGAGAUCUCAAGUAUGCUUCUGCACAUUCAUUUGCUUUCCUCAGGGGGGCUUGUCUUUCAUCAGUCUUGUACCGGUCGCUUUAGCUCAAGGUUUUACGUGUAUAUGAAGUAGGUUGUUACGGGUCUCAAUCUCGCGGACCUGGCUACUUGUUUCUGUAUACUUUGUGUAUGUGUAGCAAGCAAAUUCAGUUAAAGUUAAUGUCUUAGAUGGGAGUGAAAGUUGUUGUGUAUGUUAUUGUCUUCCCAGUUUGUAAUCGUCUUCCUUGGAUCCAUUUUAUUUGUUGGGUUAAUUCUUUUUUUU